AUGCAAAUGGAUGAGGAGAGCUCCAGUGGAGGAAAGUUGCCCCUAGCUGCGGAUGCCGUUGCGGCUUCGGUCGCCGCCACAGUGGUUACCCCAGUGGUCACCAUCAUGGACAGGUUCGUCGUAAUCAAGCUUCAACAACACUGCGAUUAUAACACUUCCCAGAAUUGUAGUGGAGAGGUCCUGAGUCAAGAGGCCCUUUUUCGUAUCUGUUCGGUCACAUCUGAGAGAUGUAAUCAGAAGACCAAGACGCUUCGUCACCUCUGA